AUGGCCCCGUGGCUCCUGCCCUAUCUCGCCUUGCUCAGACUUGGCACCACCAGGCCCCUGGUCCAGGGCCACGGCUUCCGUGCACCAGCAGUUGCUUGGCCAUCCUCCUUCGGCCUCAACUCACCCCUGGAGGUUCAGGAAACCAUCCAGAUUCCAAACAACGGGAGCGCAGCCCUGCUCGUGGACGUGCAGGUGUUUGUGACAAAUGUGUUUAAUGUGGACAUCCUUCGGUACACCGUGUCCUCCAUGCUGCUGCUUCGGCUGUCCUGGCUGGACACUCGCCUGGCCUGGAAUGCGAGUGUGCACCCACGGCGCGUGCUCACACUGCCCUGGGACUCACUGUGGACCCCAGGACUCACUAUCCAAGAGGCGCUCUGGGUGGACUGGCAGAACCCGAGCCCGCAGGCCCAAGUGGACCAAGAUGGCCACGUUGAGCUCUACCUGGCCCUCACCACGGAGACCAACUGCGACUUUGAGCUCCUCCACUUCCCCAGAGACCAGAGCAACUGCACCCUCAGCUUCUACGCUCUCAGCAAUACUGCGACGGAGCUCGAGUUCCAGGCCCACGUGGUGAACAGAAUUGUGAGUGUCAAGAGGGAAUAUGUGGUCCGGGACCUGCAAACACAAGUCCCACCCCAGCAGCUGGUGCCCUGCUUCCAGGUGACGUUGCUCCUACAGAACACAGCCCUCAAGACCAUCAUAGCCCUGCUGGUCCCUGGAGAAGCGCUGCUGUUGGCUGACUUGUGCGGGGGGCUGCUGCCCCUCCAGGCCACGGAGCGCACUGCCUACAAGGUGACCCUGCUGCUGGGCUACCUGGUCUUUCACUCCUCCCUGGUGCAGGCCCUGCCCAGCUCCUCCUCCUGCAACCCGCUGCUCAUUUACUACUUCACCAUCCUGCUGCUGCUGCUCUUCGUCAGCACCAUGGAGACCGUGCUGCUGGCAGGGCUGCUGGCCCGGGACCACCUCAGGGCCGAGAGAAGCCCCAGCCCAGCCAGGGGAGGGCAGCAGCACGAUCCUGACAAUGGAGGGCCUAAUCCUGAAGAAGCCACCCGAGCCACCGGCACAUGGAGGAGCUGGGCUGAGGCUGCCGACCACGCCUUCUUCCUGCUGUACGUGGCAGGGGUGGUGUGCAGCCAGUUCAUCUUCAUUGGACUCUGGAUGUGGGCGACAUGCAAAUCCGACCCAGCCCCAGGCAAGGCCGCACCCCACGGUGGGCAGCCCAGGCUGUAA